UUAAAGGUUUGGAUCAAUAUUGCAAUUUUCCUGCGUUUUAUCCUAACUUGGAUCGGCUUCCCUUGCAGGUUCGUGAUAGCCGAAUAGAUUCGUCGAUAAUUUAGAUUAACUUCAGGAGAUAAUUUGCAGUGUAAUUGAUCUCGAUCGGCAAAGAUAUGGGCGGAGAUGUGGGGAAGAUGGUGGCAGUAGGCCUCGUCUGGGGGGCGACAAAUGCCUUGAUGCGUAAAGGCGCCAUUAUGUGGGAUCAAGCACAGAAAUCUACUCUGCAACCUAACAGGUCCCAGGGCCAGCACCCAAUUCUAAGUACCCUCAAGAACUGGCUCAAACUUCUAUUGAUUUGGCAGUACACUUUGCCUUUUCUAAUAAACCUCUCGGCGUCAGCCACAUUCUUUGCAAUUUUGAGUGAUACUCCCAUUUCUUUAGCUGUCCCUGUGACUAAUGCCACCACGUUUGCUUCCACUGCAGUAUUCGGGAUUAUUCUUGGAGAGGAGACGCUUAUAUUGCGGGCACUGUUUGGAAGAUAUGACCAUCUAAAUGUGCUUGACGAAUUUAAUGCCGAAUAACCCUCUAUAGCGUACAGAUCCUAGGAAUCAAGGGAGUGGAUUUUGGAGACCUACACUGAUGAGAAAGCAUUAUUCAUUGAUUUCAAAAGAAAAUGAAAAAGAGUAUUGGAGAAGUAGUGUUUUGAUAAGAAUGUUGGCAAUCCGGUUCUAUUUAUGUGGGCCAACACCAGUGGAGGAUUCCAGCCAAAGGAAGGAAUUGUAAAACAGGGGGGAAAACGAGUACCUACUACAGUCGCAUUUGAUGUAGUGGAAAAUUAUAUUCAUUGAUUACUGAUAUGAAGUUGCAGCAAUAUUGUUUCUGCAGAUAUUAUGUGUGAACUUGUUCUAUUGGUGGAUUUAUUGAAAAUGUGCAGCGCAAUUUGUUUCCUAUGGUAGCUUUCAGUAUCGUAUUAUAUUGAUCGUGACUUUGUGACAAGGUGGAAGAAUUUGGUUACAAUGGAGAUAUUCCUUCCAACUUAGCAAUCUUAUGAUUAAUAAGUUUGUUCCUAUAAAGGAUUCGACACUAUUGAAGCUUAGUCAGUUGCAAGUCCUCCCUAGUCUUUUGGAACAGUUUUGUCUUCCGUUUGAGUUUUUUUAGCGGGGGAGAAUUGAUGCUGAAUUCUUAAUUGUUUAUAGACUAACAUGAGAUAUGGAAGGUGACCAUAAAGAGUCCAAUUUGCAGCAUAUAUGGCUUAAGUUUAAAAAA